AUGAAGGCUGAGCCCAUGAGAACCCGUACGUACCUGUGCAGUGACGAGUGUGACGCCUCCAACCCGGACCUGGCCCACCCUCCUCAGCUGAUGCAGGACCGCGAGCACACCGGCCGCAUCACCUACUGGCAGACAGUCACAUGGGCCCGUUAUCCAGAACCCCUCUUGGCCAACAUCUCCCUAGCCUGGAACAAGAGCCUGGAGCUGACGGACGACAUCGCCAUUACCUUUGAGUACGGCCGCCCCACCUUAAUGGUGCUGGACAAGUCCAUGGACCACGGCCGCACCUGGCAGCCCUACCAGUUCUACGCUGACGAUUGUCUCGAGUCCUUUAACAUGGCACCAAAGCGUGUCCCCGACCUAUCGCCUGCAAAUAUUACCCUUGUCAUCUGCACCGAGCAGUUCUCACGCUGGGUGGGAUCGAAGAACGAUAAGAACGUAAAGUUCGAGGUUCGGGAGCGCUUCGCAGUGUUCGCUGGGCCUAGGUUGCUCAACAUGGACAGCUUGUAUACCCGUAUGGAGAGUAUGAAGGGCCUGAGGGAAUUCUUUACCUUCACUAACCUCAGGCUGAGGCUGCUCAGACCGGCCCUGGGGGGAACCUACAUGCAGAGGGACAACCUGCUCAAGUACUUUUACGCCAUCUCCAACAUUGAGGUGCCCGCAAGGUGUAAGUGUAACCUGCAUUCGUCGCUGUGCCUGCUGCAAGAGGGGAACCUUCAGUGUCAGUGUGAACACAACACCACGGGACAGGACUGUCAGCGCUGCAAGAAGGGCUUCAAGGCCAAGUCUUGGAAAGCUGGCUCCUACCUGCCCACACCCAAUGGAUCUCCCAACACCUGUGCAAUCGCCGGUGCCCCCACAGGCGGUGGAUCUAAGCCCAUCCUUUCAACCGAGGCCACAACCGACACCACCACCACUCCCCCAACAGAGCCCCCUGUUACGGACCCUGAGCCUCCCCUCAUUUCCACCAUCACCCCCACCGAUUCCCCUCCACCACCUCCAAUUAUAGAGGAAAAACGUACAACUUCCAUCUACAUUACCACAGAGGCCACGCCCCCUACAACCACCCCUCAGUCUAUAACAGAGGAGUCCACACCACCUCCACCAAUCAUGGAGGAGCUCACGUCACCGUUCCUGACCGAAAGCACUGCCCCUGUCACAACACCGCCCCCAACGGAGCUGCCUAAGCAAAUGGUUGUAGAGAGUGAAGAAGAUGCUAAUAGUGAAGUGGCAGAAGAUGCAGGAGAGACUGAGAUUCCCUCUGAAAAAGAGGGUGAGGAAGAAGAGAUGAAGGAGAAAGAGAGGGGGGAAGAGACUGAAGAAGUCACCUCCAAACCUGCUGAAGCAGAGGACAAUGCGAAGAGUGAUACUCCCUCUAAGAUAGGACUAAAGAAAGAGGGAGUGGAGGAGAAAGAGGGAGUGGAGGAGAAAGAGGGAAUGGAGAAGAAAGAGGAAAAGACUGAAGAAGUCACCCAAAAGCCUGAAUCAGUGGACUCUGGGAAAAGAGAAAAGCCCUCUGGCAAAGAUGAGCGGAUGGUGGAGAAAAAGGAAAAGAAAGAGACGACAACAGAGAAGGAGAGAAAUAAAGGUCCCCCCCAACCUGAGGCAGAGGGCCCUGGAGAGAGUGAGAGCCCCUCUGAGGGACUCACAGGUCCCCCCCAACCUGAGGCAGAGGGCCCUGGAGAGAGUGAGAGCCCCUCUGAGGGACUCACAGGUCCCCCCAACCUGAGUUCCCCCCAACCUGAGGCAGAGGGCCCUGGAGAGAGUGAGAGCCCCUCUGAGGGACUCACAGGUCCCCCCCAACCUGAGGCAGAGGGCCCUGGAGAGAGUGAGAGCCCCUCUGAGGGACUCACAGGUCCCCCCCAACCUGAGGCAGAGGGCCCUGGAGAGAGUGAGAGCCCCUCUGAGGGACUCACAGGUCCCCCCCAACCUGAGGCAGAGGGCCCUGGAGAAAGUGAGAGCCCCUCUGAGGGACUCACAGGUCCCCCCCAACCUGAGGCAGAGGGCCCUGGAGAGAGUGAGAGCCCCUCUGAGGCAGAGGGCCCUGGAGAGAGUGAGAGCCCCUCUGAGGCAGAGGGCCCUGGAGAGAGUGAGAGCCCCUCUGAGGCAGAGGGCCCUGGAGAGAGUGAGAGCCCCUCUGAGGGACUCACAGUUCCCCCCCAACCUGAGGCAGAGGGCCCUGGAGAGAGUGAGAGCCCAUCUGAGGCAGAGGGCCCUGGAGAGAGUGAGAGCCCCUCUGAGGGACUCACAGUUCCCCCCCAACCUGAGGCAGAGGGCCCUGGAGAGAGUGAGAGACCCUCUGAGGGAGAAGGAAAGGAGGAGGAAGUGGUAAAGAAGGAGAUUGGGGCAGAAGCCCCUCCAAUGCCUGAAGUGGAGGGGAUGGGUGGCACACAGGAGACCGGGAAACCCUCUGAGAAAAAGGAGGGGAGGGAGGAGGACACAGGAAAAAAGACUGAAGAGGAAGUUCGCGAAUCACCUGAGUGGGGAAGCUUGGGUCAGGAGACCUUGGAGCCCCCUGUGAGAGAAGAAGAGAAGAAGAAGUGGGAGGAGGAAGAGAGUGAAGAGGAGAGAGAGUAUUCAAAGAAGAAAGGGAUUCUCAAGCUCUUGAUCUCAGGAGGAGAGCCCCAGGCCAGACAGUUGUAUGGGAUCAUAUAUGAUGAUUUCAAAGACUGUGAGUGCUACGGCCACUCUAACCGCUGCAGCUACAUAGACUACCUGAACAUCGUAACGUGUGUCAGCUGCAAGCACAAUACAAGAGGACAGAACUGCCAGCACUGCAGACUGGGCUACUUCAGAAAUAACUCAGCUGAACUGGAUGAUGAGGGUGUCUGCAUCGAGUGUAACUGUAACCAGAUGGGUUCUGUCCAUGACCGGUGUAAUGGGACAGGCUUCUGCCAGUGUAAAGAUGGCACUACAGGGCCCAAGUGUGACGACUGUUUCCCUGGGUACUACUGGAAACAAGGCUGCUACUCUAAUGUGUGUGACGAGGAGCUGCUCCUGUGCCAGAAUGGUGGGACGUGCUCCCAGAACCAGAAGUGUAUCUGUCCUCCAGAGUUUAAGGGUGUGCUGUGCCAACAGUCCCGCUGUGAGGGGGGCAAGGCCUGUAACACCGCCUCCACCCUCCACCUCCUGGCCCUCAUCCCCCUACUGCUCUGCGUCCUGCUACCACACCUUUUGGCCACAUUAACUGCACACUGAGUCACCUGCUGCCUCCUCAAAUACAGGGGUAACUGUUGUGUGUGUGGGCAACCCCAGAGAGGGAAGAGUGGGAAAGGCCUGCUUGCUGGCCAAGGACCCUAUGAGCACACACAAACAUCACAAGACUGUUACUGACUCGGGGAACCCCCCCUGUUGUGAGACUUCAGAGGAAGACUGAGGAAAAUCAAGACAACCAACCCACUGUCUCUCCCUUUAUACGAGAGACCUGGAGAAAUCGCAUACCAAAAAGCAUUAUUAUUACUAUUAAACAAACAAAUGAGAACACUUUAAAUCAUUACUGUUCACUAUGAA